GUACAUCGAACAAUAAUCGUGCAUCACUGACAGCUAAUUGAUAAGAAUAAUUUAUGACGGAUGCACAUCUCGUUCUCUCGAUUCCGACAAUCAUAAAUCCUCACGAUCAAGACCGGCGAAAGAACUAGGACAUAUGGAUAAUUAAGACCUAGAUUUUAGUUAAUUAAUGAAUCGUCGCAUGAUUGCUAAUGUCUCAUAAAUGCUUCUUAAUACAAAUUAUCUUUAAUUACACAUCACUCGCAAGUGCCGCUCUCUCCUCAAAGGACCUCAAAACAGACGCAGUAACAGCCAACGCUCAGAUAUUCUCCAACGUUCUGAUUAAUCAGGCUAAUUAACUCUAUGUGCUUGUAGUAUGCACGAUGUUUCGCCCUUUGACAACGUCUCGUAUUCGCACGUGUGACACAUUCGUGUAAUCAAAACGCGAUUUAGGAAUGCACGCAGCGUGCUGUUUAUCCGCAGAAAUAAUUAACGCGACCUAAGGACAGCCGCAAGGUAACGAAAACGAUCGCGCGAGACAUCUUCAUUGACGAAUCGUUUGACGAGGAACAUCUUAAUUAAUAAUCACGCAAAGCCAUUGAGAUUCGUGCGCCGUUUCGCAUAAUAAGGGAAGCGAUUGGUAGAAAGAAGAGGAAAGUGAGAUCGAGAAAGAGAGAGCAAGGACGGAGAAAAAGAUAAAAGGAAAGAGAGACAAGGAGUCGCAGACAGAAAAGAAAGGUAGACGAACAGAGAAAGAAAGAGACUGCCGGUGCUACUUCGUCCUCCUCUUUCACAUCUACUUUUUAUCGUUUCGCAAAGGCCCGAAAAAGAGUUCUCACGCCGCACGCGAGAGAGACCCCGAACCCGCACGCAGGCACGCAGGCACGCACGCACGCACGCACGCACGCACGCACGCACGCAAGCACGCACUCGCCCCUCCGAGAGAAGCGGAGAGCCCGCGGCGCGCGAGGGAUCUUGAUUUCUUCCUGCUCGUCGAUUUUUUCUCCCCACCCUCUCGGAUCUUGCCGGCCGUGCAACGCGCGAAGAUACGCGUCAACUUUGCGGGAAAAGGACGACAACGUGGAAAAAUUACGCGUAGUCGGAGCUCGGAACCUCACGAUGGAGUGCCGCAAGGGUCGACGGAAAGGAGCGCCGAUCCUGGUCGGGCUGUUGCUUGCAUGGUUCUUAACCAACGGCUGCGCCGUCGUCGCGCGAAAUAUAGAGAGGUACGACACCGCAUACGCCUGCGAGGGCAAAACGCUGGAAAUUGAGUGUGGCGAGGGGAAACUCAUCCACCUGAUACGGGCGAACUACGGCAGGUUCUCCAUCACGAUAUGCAACGAGCAUGGGAACACCGAAUGGAGCGUCAACUGUAUGUCGCCCAAAUCGUUCCGCGUGCUGAACAACGAGUGCAACGACCAGCAGAACUGCAGCAUCGUUGCGUCCACGCUGCAAUUCGGCGAUCCUUGUCCGAAUACACACAAAUAUCUCGAAGCGCACUAUCGGUGCGUGUCUGCAGCUACCACUACGACAACGUCUCGACCGAGUCCACCGUGGUUCAUAACUUCGCAGCCGAGUGUCUGGAGUACCGCUAAGCCGACCGUCAGGCCUCCCUCGAAGAUUACGGUACGGUUACCGGCGGCACAACAGCCGCCACAGCAGCCGCCGGCGCCGUCCACCCCGUCGAUGCCGAUAACAACGCCGGCGAGCCCUACAUCAACAAGAUCCUCCGUCGACAUCGAGAUCGAUGAGGAGGGCCAAGACUUAAUACCUCCUGCAAACGGUCCUUCGGCAAAUGGUCCGGCAAUGACGCCGAUUAUACCUGAAACUACUCAAGCUACGACGACGUCCACCUUCGCUCCCUGGAGAACCAGUCGUAGGACCACCGUACCAAGCACGCUGUAUCCGGAGUCCAGCUCGAACGGUCAGUGGUACGAUUACGGUAGACAGGUGUGUCCCCCGGUGAUAGCCAGGAACUUGUCCUGGAACACGACCAGGGCCGGCGACGUGGCCGUGCAGAGCUGUCCCGGCGGUGCCAACGGUCUAGCCAGAUGGCGAUGUCUCGCCCGCGGAGACUCUGCCUUUUGGCACCGAGAUACUCCAGACUUGAGCGAGUGCCGAUCCGUCUGGCUGACCACGCUAGAGAAUCGCGUGACGGACGGCGACGUGAUCCUCGGCAUCAGCAGAGAGCUUUCUCAGGUGACCAACAACAGCCGUGGUUUGUACGGCGGCGACAUGAUGAUCACCACCAAGAUCAUCAAAAAUAUGGCCGAGAAGAUGGCGCUGGACAUAAAGACUUACCAGGAUCCGAAUCAGAGAGAGGUCAGCGUCACGGAGCUGCUCCAAGGCGUAGUGAGGACCGGCAGCAAUCUACUCGACAAGGCGCAAAUGGCGUCCUGGAAAGAUCUCAGUCAUCAAGAGCAGAUGAGGGUCGCCACGUCGCUGCUGAUCGGUCUCGAGGAGAACGCCUUUUUAUUGGCCGAUACGCUCAUGCACGAGAAGACCAUCAUACACGAGGGCAAAAACAUACUGAUGGAAGUUCGCGUACUGGACGCGCGCAACAUUGACAACGAGCUAGAAGUUUUCCCCAGCGAGGCCGUCCAGCAAAAGUGGACCGUCUCGAACGAUCACGUGGAACUUACCAGGGGCGCUUUGGUGGAUAGCAACGAGGGCGGCGUCGUGCGGCUGGUCUUCAUGGCAUUUGACAGACUCGAGGAGAUACUGCAGCCGCAAGCCGAGCCGCCGUCCGUCGUCAUGAACGACGAUCCCCAGCCUGUGUCGCGGAGGAACACCACUCGUAUUCUCAACAGCAAAGUUAUCUCGGCAUCCUUGGGAAAAGGCCGGCACAUACAGCUCUCGGAACCCGUCCGAGUCUAUUUCAGGCAUCUGGUGGUCGAGAAUGUCACCAACCCCACUUGCGUCUUCUGGGAUUACAUCUUGAGUGCGUGGUCGGACGAGGGAUGCCAGAUACAAAAGACCAACGACACUCACACCGUGUGCGAAUGCAAUCACCUGACGAACUUUGCCGUGCUGAUGGACGUGCAUGCCAUCAGACUGGACAUCGCUCAUCAAGUCGCUCUGCAAAUCAUCACGUAUAUAGGCUGCAUCAUUUCCGUCGUCUGUCUCAUUCUGGCCAUUCUCACAUUUCAAUUAUUUCGCGGACUGAAGUCGGAUAGAACGACGAUUCACAAGAAUCUCUGCAUGUGCCUGCUGAUAGCAGAGAUACUCUUUGUUUGUGGGAUCAGUCAAACGGGUCAGAGGGUUGUCUGCGGCAUCGUGGCCGGCUUACUGCACUUUUUCUUCUUGUGCGCGUUUGCUUGGAUGUUCCUCGAAGGAUUCCAAUUAUACGUAAUGCUAAUCGAAGUCUUCGAGGCGGAAAAAUCUCGACUUCGUUGGUAUUAUCUGGUCGCAUAUGGUGCACCGCUACUAGUUGUAGGAAUUUCCUGCAUAAUUGAUCCACUCAGUUACGGUACCGAUCGGUAUUGCUGGCUGCGUGCAGAUAAUUAUUUCAUCUUCAGCUUUGUUGGGCCUGUGAUACUCGUUAUAUUGGCGAAUCUGGUAUUUUUAUCGAUGGCGAUUUAUAUGAUGUGUCGGCACGCAAACACCACCGUGGCCAUGAAGAGUAAAGAACAUUCCCGACUGGCUAGCGCAAGUGGAAAGGAAGAGAAUGCUCUUCCCAACAAAUUGCAAGCGCACUUGGCCUGGCUGCGGGGCGCUAUCGUGCUAGUGUUUCUACUAGGUCUGACCUGGACGUUCGGGCUUCUCUACUUAAACCAAGAGUCCGUUGUGAUGGCGUACAUCUUCACCGUAUUGAACAGUCUCCAGGGGCUGUUUAUCUUUGUGUUCCAUUGCGUACAGAACGAGAAGGUGAGGAAGGAAUACAGAAAGUUUGUACGUCGCCAUUCCUGGCUGCCGAAAUGCCUGAGGUGCUCGAAGACGGUCACGGGCGGUUCAGCCGGCUCCACUGGUGGCAGCGGUGGCACCGGCGGCGCCAACGGUGGCAAGGACUUUGCUUCGCACAACACCUCGUCGAAUCCAUCGGCUCCUACCACCGACAGCUCCGGACUGUCACCCCAUGCGGCUACCAAUUACUUGGUAUCCGGUCGAAGCUGGGCGAUAGUCGAUAGGCAGCCGGCAGUACCGGUGCCAGAUGAAUCCGCCUCGACCGAGGCUCACAUCGUGGCCACCCUGCCGUACGCACGUCACGCCUUCUUACCCUCAGCUCCCAAUAUCCCCAAAUCUGCCACCGCCACUUGGGGCCACCUUAACAAAAACCUCAUGUGGAAGAACAUUUCUUUUAAGUCCUACUCCCGCGAUUCUGGACACGGCGGCUCCGAACAGGAGGAUUCCCCGCGGACACACAACACCUUGACACUCGGCCACUCCGGUAGGAGACGCGGGCCGAAUGACGGCAGCGAGAUAAACACCGGUACCAGGACGACCGGCGGCGGUAGACGUGCCGCGAUGCCAUACAACCACACGUACACCGAGAUCGUGGAUGGUCGCAACGGCGGUGUCGGGCAUCAUCAGUUACACGGUCACCACGGCCAACACGUGCAUCUGCCGCGCGGCCUUAUCAACGAGGACGACCCGGUAUACGAGGAGAUUGAGCGUAGCGGCGGUGGCGGCAACGGCAACGGCGGCGUCGUCGGUGCCGGCGAGAUUCAGGUGUCGGACAUGUCCGACGAAGACGGCCGACGGCAGAGCGACAUGAGCAGACAGUCUUCGAGGAGCUACGGCGAUCAUCGACCGUUGAUUCCGUAUUCGCCCGCCACUGACCGCAACCUGGCACAUUACGGCCAAGCGAUGACGGAGCGUGGCGGAAGUGCCGGCGCCAAUCUCGCGCAUUACGAUUCGACGGAAUACGGACCGACGGUGGAGCGUACCCUGAACGCCUGCUGGGAGAAGCUGCGCCGGCAGCAAGCCAGGUAUGAACUCGGGGACUUGCCGCGGCUACCGGCGGCGUACGGCAUGCCGCCGCAGCAGGACCACACGCGGACGGUGGCCGUUCUGGACGGUCACACCGUCGUCUGUCAUCUGCAACCGCAGACGGACAUGUACACGGGCCGUGGUAUGCCGCCACCGUCUUACAGCGAGUGUUAGGUUCCAAGCCGAUUCGAAAACUCUAUCUUGGUUUCCCGUGAAGGAAUGACGGACGCUCCUAAGUGACGAAAUGACGUUGAAUCGCUUGGACGGUUUGUUUCGUCCGGGAUUACAUGGUGGUGGCUGGGGAUUGAUAACGGUGAUAACAAUUCGUUCCUGAAGAGAACAAUCAUGUGUCGAUUUCCAUCCGAAGAAUUCGCGGGAGAUGGAUAUGCCGCUUUUUAGCUCAAGCAUAAACGCGACAGUGUCUUGAUGUAGAUGUCGUCGCGUUUUAGCCAUAAUCGACGUAUCGCGAACGUUUUAGGGAGCGCCGCUCUUGUCUCCGUUCAGGUGGAAUUCUUGAUCGGUCGUCUCGGAACAAACGGGACAAAAGGAAAGAAAGGAUGAGAGUGAGCGAGAGAAAAAGAGAAUGAAAGAGAAAGAACGAAUGCGAGAUUGAUGGGUAUCCAUCUAGGCUGCCACGUUGUCCAACGGAUACCCGCGUCUCUUAGGAUACAUCGUAUUGAUGUGUGCGUGAGUUCGUACUACCGCGACGCGGACUCUGUAUAAUAGAAUUGUAGCGAACCUCUCGUUUAAGCUAAGUCGACGACGUGCCCGUCGUGGCCGGGCGUUUGGAAUUGGCGAACUGAGUGCGCGAGUAAAAACCGGAACGUGACGAGUCCUGAUGAAGAAUAGGAGCUUUGCGAAGUCCGAAGCAACACGACGAUCGGAGAUUUUAAAAAGAUUUAUUCUGGAUUCAAGCGCAAUGUUUUUGUGACUUUCAUACGAGCGUAACGAACCAAAGUUUUGUUAUUUUGAUGUUAAAGGCAGCUCGUGAAAACUUUUGCACAAUAUUUGUCCUAUAUAAAUAUU